AUGGCGAGCGAAGAUGGGCAGAAGGCUGGAGGCGCCGGGGGAGAAAAUGAGGGGGCGGAGGAAAUGGUGGUGAACCCUUGGGAGGUGGCGGUGAAGGGCGGGGGCAAGAUUGACUACGACAAAUUGAUCGAGAAGUUCGGGUGCCAAAGGCUGGAUUCCUCGCUUGUGCGCCGCGUUGAGCGCCUAACCUCGCGACCUGCCCACGUCUUCCUCCGCCGCGGCGUGUUCUUUGCGCACAGGUAUAAGACAGUCGCUCGUCGAUAGUCCCCGCACAUCUCUCUCUCUCUCUCUUUUUUUUCCCUUCUCCUCAUUCUAUCCAUUUGCCACCUCUCUCUCAAUAUCCUGACAUCUUCUCGUGUACAUAAAUACAUGUGUCAUUUUCUUCCCUUUGUCUCAUUGUUCACAUCGAGAAUAGUGAUGUUCAUUUAUAAACUUGUUUUAAUACACUACUAUGUAGAGAUCUGGAAGAGAUUCUGGACCUUUACGAGCGUGGGGAGAAGUUCUACCUAUACACAGGCCGGGGACCAUCUUCAGAAGCAUUGCAUUUGGGGCAUCUCGUCCCCUUCAUGUUCACAAAGUAAGUUUCAGUUUUGCGACGCCACUCCCUGUCCACGAAAUAACAUUUUUUAAUGAUAACUUAUUAUCUACCCUAGAAAAUUAUGUAAAGAUUUGGCCUCGUCAUCAUGUCGAAUGAUUGGACAACACUAUUAUUUUAUUAUUUUCUAAAACCAUGGAUGAGCGAUGUAAAGUUAAAAUGGAAGAGAGAUAAAUGGUGGAUUUUUUACCAUAGAGAACUGGUCUAUAUUAUUAUUAUUAAGUUUGAUUUCUUUAUAUUUUUUUAAUGGGCAUGCUAUCUCAUGAAUAUAAUAUGGCGAUGAUAUUAUCUUAUAGGUGGUUUGGUGCAUAUAAAUUGCUAUCUUCCAUUUUUUUCUUUCGGGUCUCUAUGUUCUUCUAGCAAUGGUGGUGGCAGUUAACUUGAGGCGAUUCAUGAACGUUAUUGUGCUUGAAGCGAUCGUCAAUUGGUUGAUUUCAUUGUCAGCAAGUGAACAUGAAUGUUUUGCAGGUACUUGCAAGAUGCUUUUAAGGUUCCUCUUGUUAUACAACUUACAGACGAUGAAAAGUGCAUGUGGAAGAAUCUCUCUGUUGAAGAGUGUAAAAGGCUUGCUCGUGAAAAUGCAAAGGACAUCAUUGCCUGUGGUUUUGACAUAACAAAGACUUUCAUCUUCUCCGACUUUGAUUAUGUUGGUGGGUAAGUUGUGGUUGUAUCAUCUGUUUGUUCUUCAGUUGAAUGAAUUGUGAUCUCGUCAGCCAUAUGCGCUUCUCAUACCAUAUUGAACAGUUGAAAGCUGCCAAUACAAUUAGUAAACAUGCGACUCAUUUAAGCAAUUGUAUCGUAUAGGCAAAGAAAACUAAAAUAUCUUAUAUUAAUUAUUUUUUAUGCGACUUGAAACUCACCUAUCUUCUCUUAAAUGGUUGUUUAUUUAUUGUAUCUUCAAAUUCCAUAUUCCUUUUUCAGUGCUUGAUUAUCAUCAUCAUUGCCGCCCUGCAUGUUGAGAUUAAUGCUCUAAUUUCUUGGUAUCCAUUUAUUUCGCAGUGCCUUUUACGAGAACAUGGUGCGAGUGUCGAAAUGUGUCACAUUCAAUAAGGUCAGUUUACUCGUCUAGGUUUCCAGUAUUCUGUUGUUCAACUUCUGUUUCAUUUUAAUAGAGUAACCGUCUUUUUUUUUUCUUUUUUCCUGCGAGUCAUUUUUUCUGAUUUUAUGUCACCUAAAAUUCUUAGAAUUUUUAAACAGGUUGUGGGAAUAUUCGGCUUCACUCCAGAAGACCACAUUGGGAAAAUUAGUUUCCCUCCUGUGCAGGUGUUACUGAUUCUAUGCUCUUGCAUCCUUACAGCGCAUUCUACUUUAUCUAUGCUUAUUUGUGGGUAUUAUCUUCGUUCAUUAACUGUCCUUUAUCAGAGGCCAUUCAUAGCUUAACAUUGAAGCAAUCAUUUUGACUGCAGGCUGUUCCAUCAUUUCCAAGUUCAUUUCCACAUCUCUUCUCAGGCAAUGAUAAUCUUCGCUGUUUGAUUCCAUGCGCCAUUGACCAGGUGCUAAGAUCCCACCUUAUAAUGCUCAACUGGCUUCAUUUGCACGGUGAAUAGUUAUGGUUAUUGUGCUUUGAGGCAUUAGUUAUUUGUCAUUUUGUCAACAUAUGUGUCGCUGAGGCCACCCUGUUAACCAAGACACAUCUUUAUGCCAUCAAAGAAUCCAUUUGGAUUAUGCCAAUCUGUAUCCAAGUUUUACUGAUACUGAUUUCAGGGAUCAGAACUGAAUCUGCUCUGGUUAAUUUCUUUUUGUCAAGGACUUGAAAUGCCAUUAUGACUAUUUCUCCUAGAUACGUGGUAGAAUUACUCGGCCCAUGGGCAGGUCAAUGUGACAUUAACCAAACCUCGCCUCUAUACUUAACUUGCUCAUCCUAGCCCUCUCUCUCCGCCUAAUGUUUUGGGAUACUCCGACAAUUAUAUGCCCACUUAUCCGAUGCCCACCCCGCCUCAUAUUUUGCCAGAAUGGUAUUUCCUACCGAUCUAUGCUAUUCUGUGCUGUAUACCUCGCUAAUUGGGAGGUGUAGCCACAAGAGCACCAGUCUCUGUAUAUCUUCUGGCUCUAUCAAUUUUCAGUCACAAAUACUGCUAAUCGGCUUAUAUUAUUGCUGGUUCUGGUUCCUCGUAUGAUGUCUCUCCCCUAAUUUAUGCUGGUAUCACUUUUUGAAGUACUCUGUCAUGAAUGACAACGAGCAUUCCUGUUAUGCAAAAUAAAUGAGGCUACGUGAUUAUUAUUUGACGGGGGGACUCAGCUAGCCGCCUAAAAAAUUGAUUUCGUCCUUGAAUUCAGAAGUUCGCUCUUUGAUACCAGAGAAAUAUAAGUUUGGUGUUCUCUGGCAAUUUCUUGAUUCGUGGACGUGUUUUUUCUUGGAAAACUAUUGGGAGAUAUUCCCCUGUUCAUCUGGGUUGAAUUUUGAGAUGUUACAGCGAAGAACACUUUUAUGUCUUGUUCCUGAAUCCGUGAAUCUUAAUUUGAUUCAAUGAACUGUUGUUCAGCUCAGGCUUGGAUGCAGGGUUUUCUAACGUUUGAUCCUUUCCGAUGGAUAGUAUCAUGCUAAUAAAUUAUAUAGAGAGAAUCUGAUUUUUGAAGUUAGAUACUGAUCUCGUCAUCUGAAAAGCAUACGUUUGGGUCAACGUGGAUUCGUUUUAAAGGGGAUGACCUGAAGUAUCAUCACCAAGGGAGAAAGCGCCUUAAUACUCUGGAAAAUAAAUAGUUUCUCCCUUCCUAUGUCAAUUAUUGGAGACAUUGUUCAUCCAUCUGAACUGCUGGGCCAGCUAAUGACAUGCACUCUCCUUUUUUUCAUUCAGGACCCUUAUUUCAGAAUGACUAGGGAUGUUGCUCCCAGGAUAGGCUACCAAAAGCCCGCAUUGAUUGAAUCAUCCUUCUUUCCUGCUCUACAGGUAUUUCCCUUACUAAAAUUGUUUUAUUUGAUCUGCAUGGGCAUUGCCUUUCUUUUAGGAGAGAAUUGGCUAAAAAUGGGCACAUAUAUAAUGUAGAAUGUAGAAACCUGGUGGUAAGAUAAUGGUUGUUCGUGUCAAGCCUGCCACAUUUACAGUUAUUUUAUACUCUGGCAGACUUGUCGGCCACUGGUCGUGAUAUCUAUUUCUGCAAAAAUAUAGAUUCUAAGUGAUUUGUGAAUAGAGCAUAGUCCCCCAUGAUGAAUUUGAGAAAACUUUAAUAGGCUAGGAGAUAUGUUUAUAAUAUGAGUUAGAAAACCCUUUUUAUGGGGCCAAAUGAAAUGAAUAUUCUUGUAUGUAGGUACUUGUGAUCACUUUUUGUGUACAAUCCUCGUAAUGCUUUCAUUUCCCCAUCCUGUUCACCUAUUCAGAGUUGUGCGGCGUUCAAUAAGUGAUUACUUUUUAUAGCUUUCUCUGAUGCUUCUUUCAACCAUUACAAAUAAUCAUCGAAUACAGAAAUAUUGCUUUUAUAUAGUCGGUUAGAUAGGUACCUGCUAGAAUUCCACAUCAAUUCAUGUGUUAGAUGCAUGAUAUCUUAAAAUCAUGAGAGCAUGUUGGAUGAAGUUGGGCGAAAUGUUUUUUUACUUUGUUGUUUCAGUGUCAAGGUCUGCCAUAUAACUAGUUUUAAAUUAUAUAUCUGUUGAUUGCUAUUUCAUUAUUUGGAAAAAAAAAUAUUUUAUGGAACUUUUAAAGAAAUAUUUAGCAUGAGCCAUUCUGUUCGCAGGGUGAAACAGGAAAGAUGUCAGCAAGUGAUCCAAAUUCUGCAAUAUAUGUAACAGAUUCAGCCAAAGAUAUUAAAAAUAAGGUUUGCCUGCGACGUUACUAUUAAUAUCUUACAUGCCUACGUUGGUGCUUAUUCAAGACUUUGAAAUCGUGUAAUCUUCAAUGUUCAAAUGUUUAAUUUACCUUCGUCACUGUUGAAGGCGAGGUUUCUUCCGUAUAUCUUCAUUUCUUCAGUAUUUUUCGUCCAAAUUUUGCUGUAUAUUGAAUAUAUUUUUUCUCAGGAUGGGUUAAUCCUAGAUAAAGGUAAAUGUCUAAGGUCGGGUUCAUUGUCUUUAUCCUUUUGAGGGGUGGGAUCUUAAGCUUACUAUGCCGGGAACUCAUUUUGCUCGGUUUUCGUUAUGCUUUGUCAUUACUUUUAUCUCCAAUAUUAUUCAGACCCUUCAGAGUAUGUUUUGAAAGAUGGGCAGUUGUUACAUGUUAUCAAAGAAAAAAAGUAGAAAAGACUAUAGAAGAGAGGCAAAAAUAAAGUGAAUCUCCUAGCGUUAAUACUGUUCUUCGGUCUUAAUUGUACAACUCCCUAGAGAAAUAUUAUUUCUUUAUGGGCUAUGAAUGCAGGCAUAACUCCCCCCAGCUUCCUACUAAUUACUUAAAAUACACCAUAUCUGUCAUAGCAAUCCUGAGUCACCUGUGAUACAGUAUAUCGGCUUCCUGUUUUGGCCGAGUCCAUCCCGUCUUAAAACCUUGGUUAGUCAUCAAAGUCGUGAUUUGGUGCCUAGUCAGUUUGCGUUGGAAACAUGACCACGCCAUUACUGGUAGGAAUGUUGAGAACGAGCAUGGUUUAUAAAAUAUUACGUGGGAAUUGCUGAACAAUAUUUGGACUAAACAUCAUGUGUAGUUUCUUGCUGGCCAAGUAGGGUAAAACAGCAAAUACCGAUCAAGAAUUAUUUUUCUUUGUUCUCAAUUUCUAAAUCUGUCGUAAAAAAUGUCACUAUCUUUCAGUUAUUGUUCUACAACCUUUUACGCUAAAAGCUUGAAAUGGUUAGUAAUUUAUUUCAGGUGAAUAGGUAUGCUUUUUCUGGUGGUCGAGAUUCGAUAGAGCUCCACCGGAAAUAUGGGGCAAACCUGGAGGUAAGUUUUUUGAUUAAAUGAAUUUCUAAACAUCAUUUGAAAGGGUACUAACGUUGGGUCAUGUCGUUUUUUUCUACAUCCUAUUUAUCUGGAUGGAUAAAAGAUUGUGUAAUUACUCAAAAAAUUUCAGGAAUUCAAAAUGGAGACUGAUAGUUUAGGGUACAGAAUUGCAUCAAUCCUUUUUCUCCUAUUGAAUAUAGUGGCAAAAAACUCGGCUGGCUAAUUUUGCAUUUUAUGGAUGAACCUUUAUGUACUUUUGUAAUUAUAAAUAUGUACAAUAUUAAUAAACAGUGGAAGAUUGAUAAAAAUGAAAUAGAUGAAGAAUCUAGAAAUAGAAGAAAUCGGGCAAACAAGCUUUUCUCUGAUAUUCCCAACGAACUCAGUGUGGAGUAUGCCAUAGGAGCACGAAGGAAACCCGGAUAACAUGAUGACAGUUGUUGAGAGGAAAAGUUCAUAGAGAAGUGGAAAGGUAGCAUGGGUUUGGAUGUUGAAUGAUUAAUUCCCAUCGAAACUUCAAUGGAGGAAAUGUAGACAAAUAUUUGAUUCUUAGCAGACUGGAUCCCAGCAUGAGAUAUCGGGAAAUGGUAGAAUUAGAUCUGCGCCCGCCCUUGAACCCAGUCAACUAGGAUUAUGAGUUUCGUUAAAUAAUGAUGAUUGUCAUCCAUGACCUGGUAUGAAGCAAAGUACAGUUGAUUCUCGCUAUAAUCUGUCAUCAUGAAUUUUGAAAAUAUUUUUUUUGUACAUGCUAUUCUUGGACAAUAAGCAAAUUUUGUAGCUGAGGUGGAUAUUGCUAAUUCUAACCAGUAAUUAUAUAUUGGAUUAGAAAAAAAAUGAAAAUAAACUCACAUUUCCUUAUCUAAACGUUACUGUUGAAUUACUUACGUCACCAUAGGGAUCAAACGGUGAAUUCUUUUAAAAUUUCCACCAAAGUCCGGUGCACCAUUGGUUACAAGUGGGAUUUUAUAAAUUCUUUUGCCCUUCUUUUCCUUUUCCAGUUCCCUAUUGAACCCCCUGCAUGAUCCAGUGUUUCUUUUGCAACAAACUAUUAAAAAAUAAUUAUGAGCUUAUACAUUCUGUACGGUCGCACCCUGGCUCCAAACUGCCAGACUGAUCUAUCCAUCAUGCAUACCGUUUGCCAAUCUAUACCAAAUUUAUGAUUGUUCUGAAUCUCAUACUUCAUUUAGAAUCUAGGCAUUUCUUAUAUGUUCUCAUUUCUCUUCAGCUGGCCGUUUGAGGUUUUUGUGCUGGAGAAGUAGUUUCGGUUACACUCAUCAUUUGCGGUUUUUGAGCCAGGUUGAUAUUCCGAUUAAGUACCUUGGUUUCUUUCUUGAAGAUGACGACGAACUGGAGCAUAUAAAGACGGUACGUAACAUGAUUUAUUUGAUCUAGCAGUGCCCUCGAGAAGUGUGUUCAUCAUCCAAGAGCCAACAAUUCAUACUAGACUACAAUUUACCACAAUUUUUUUUUUGCCUUUAUCAGGAAUACGGUGCUGGACGUAUGCUGACAGGAGAGGUGAAGAAGCGCCUCAUUGAAGUCCUGUCAGAAAUGGUCGAGAGGCAUUGCAAGGCUCGAGCUGCAGUAACAGAUGAGGUAACCAAUGUCCCAAGCUGUGUUUUGUUCUUCCCCGGAUUAGGAUCACAUUGUUUCAAAGUAGAUCAUAUUAUGUUUUAUCUAUAUAUAAAAAAUAAAUUGGGACUACAAUCUAACGUGAUGAUCAUAUAUUUCAUACAGUUUAUCUCUCCUCUUGCGCCGUUUAGGUGCAUUAACACAAUCUCGCACAUGCCCAUAAUUAGUGUCUGAUGUAGGUGGGACAUGAACAUCUUUUUUCAUGAGAAAACUGAUGUAGGUGGGCAGUUGUCAAUAGCCGGGGAAUAUAAUCUAGUUCGGUUGUUUUGUUUACAACUCUCGCGUGUUUUAGAGUGAUGAAGCUGGUCUUUUUUAUCUUUCUUGGAGCGCCUCUGGAUUUUGCCUGUUUCAGUCUCUGAUAUGGUGAAUCUUCUCUUCUUCAAGAUGGUGGAUGCAUUUAUGGCCGUGAGACCUCUUCCCAACAUGUUCAGCUGA